GUCCCAGCCUCAGAGGGGGCACAAUGUGGCCAGCAUGGGAUUCUGAUAAGAAAAGAGAAAAGGCAGAAAGACAAGGACUUUGAGAACAGCAGAACCGGUGACGGCAAAAGGGCUUCAGCUUGCCUCAGCUCCAAGAAGCAAAAGGUCAAGUACAUGCAGUUUUUGGCUCACAUUUGGAUGUAGACUCUCAGCAAAGGGUCGCAGGUUCAAAGAAAAAUUGGGGCUGCUUCUUUAGAAAGAGCAGAGAAGUGGAGUUGAUGGGUCCCAUUCACUGAACUGGAUUAAAGAGGCUGAGGCUGCGGGUAUAUCAGGUGCCAACAGUGCCUGAUGGGCUGUAGAGUAAGUCUGGCUUGCCUGGGGAAUGAAUUUUGCACAGUACCACUGGAUCGUCAUCAUCAUUUGAUACAAGACGAGGCUGAGAUCAUGAUUCAGGCUGACAAGAGUUCGUCUGGAGGAUUGGCUGUUGGACAAGCUGAGCCAGAAAACCUCGCUUCAAGUUCUCACACUUUCAAAAACAAGACCUUUAAAAAACCCAAAGACUGUAGUAUCUGCAAACAAGCCAUUGACAGCCAAGGCAUUUCCUGCAGAGUUUGCAAGUAUGCCUGCCACAAGAAAUGUGAAGCAAAGGUGGUGAAACCCUGCUUCCUGCCAAUCAACUACGAACUGCCUGAUAACUCUGAGACCUUUAUGAGUCAUGUAACCAGAACUACUUCCGGCAGUUUUUCAAAAAGCUCAUCUUUCUGUUGUGACAAAGUAUCACAAAGUGCAGACUUUGAUCACAUUAUGGAGGAGGGCUAUGAACUUGACCUGACUUACAUCACUGAGCGGAUCAUUGCUGUAUCCUUCCCUGCCAGCUGUUCAGAGGAAACAUAUGUGCACAACCUGCAAGAUGUAACCCGAAUGCUCAAAUCCAAACAUGGAGAUAAUUACCUGGUGUUAAACCUUUCUGAAAAAAGAUAUGACCUUACCAAGCUUAACCCAAAGAUUAUGGAUGUGGGUUGGCCUGACCUUCAUGCACCUCCCCUUGAUAAGAUGUGCACCAUCUGCAAGGCUAUGGAAUCAUGGUUGAACAGCGACCCUCAGCAUGUGGUGGUGAUCCAUUGCAGAGGUGGAAAAGGAAGGAUAGGAGUAGUGAUAUCAUCAUAUAUGCACUUCACCAAUGUUUCUGCCAGCGCUGAUCAGGCUCUAGACAGAUUUGCUAUGAAGAAAUUCUUCGAUGAUAAAGUUUCAACUUUAAUGCAGCCAUCCCAAAAAAGAUAUGUGCACUUCUUAAGUGGCCUUCUGUCUGGAUCUGUGAAAAUGAACACGACCCCACUCUUCCUGCACUUUGUCAUCCUUCAUGGCAUCCCAAGCUUUGAUGCUGGAGGAGUUUGUCGGCCCUUUCUAAAGAUCUACCAGGCUAUGCAGCCAGUUCAUACAUCAGGAAUAUAUAGUGUAGGGCCAGAAAAUCAAAGCAGAAUCUGCAUUGCUAUUGAGCCAGCCCAGCUAUUGAAGGGAGAUAUUAUGCUGAAGUGUUAUCACAAAAAAUAUCGAUCGGCCACCCGUGAUGUCGUUUUCCGCCUGCAGUUUCACACAGGUGCCGUUCAGGGCUAUGGUCUGGUAUUUGGCAAAGAGGACUUGGACAAUGCUAACAAAGAUGACCGCUUCCCUGAUUAUGGGAAAAUUGAAUUGGUUUUUUCAGGAACCCCAGAGAAAAUCCAAGGAUGUGAACACCUGAAGAAUGACCAUGGAGUGAUAGUUGACUACAAUACCUCAGAUCCACUAAUCCGCUGGGAUUCCUAUGAAAACAUGAGCCCUGAUGGUGAAGUGCUCCACACCCAGGGUCCUAUUGAUGGCAGUCUUUAUGCUAAAGUGAGAAAGAAGAGCUCUUCAGAUACUAGCAUCCCCAGUGGAGCCCAGGGGGUUCCUGUGAUCAGCAGCCCUGAUCACAGUGACCAUACUCUAUCUGUCAGCAGUGAUUCAGGACACUCAACAACUUCUAUAAGGACGGACAAGACCGAGGAGCAUCCUGCACCGGGAAUCAAACGGGGCUUGAGCCCACAAGAGAAGGCAGAGCUGGACCAGCUACUUAGUGGCUUCGGCCUAGAAAACUCAGUCAGUCCCCUCAAGGAUAUGACUGAUGCCCAAAGCAAGUACAGUGGGACUCGCCACAUAGUGCCAGCUCAGGUUCAUGUGAACGGACACACCAAACUGAAGGAUAGGGAGACAGAUAUUCUGGAUGAUGAGAUGCCCAGCCAUGACCUUCACAGUGUGGACAGCAUCGGGACACUGUCCUCCUCUGAAGGGCAGCACUCAGCCCACCUUGGAAACUUCAGCUGCCACAAGAGCAGUCAGAAUUCGCUGCUCUCAGAUGGCUUUGGAAGCAACACUGGAGAGGACCACCACAGUGCUCUGGCCCCUGACCUGGGAAUAGGUGUGGACCCCCUGUAUGAGAGAUCAUUUGGAAGUGGUGAGCCUAAGCAAUCCCAGCAGCUGCAAAGGAAUCCUCCUGUUUCCGCUCAGCCUCAGGCUUAUGGCCCUAGUAACUACUCUACCCAGACUUGGGUGCGCCAACAGCAGAUGGUCACUGCUCACCAGUACACCUACUCCCCUGAGAGUGAAGUAAGGCUUGGCAUUCCUAGCACUGUAGAGAAUUCAGGCAAUGUGCAGAGCCAGCCCAGAAUCCCUGACACACCCACCCGGGGAUCCAGCAGCAGAGAUGCUGUGCAGCGGGGGAUAGGGGCUGUGCCGAGUUCCAGUGAAGUAGCAGAACACCCAGUGCCCGAGGCUUUUAAAUCCAGAUUAGUAGCCGAGAAAGACACAAAUGGCCUGGCUUUAGGAGUGAAUGCCGAGGACCUACCAUCCUCUCCUACUCUGGAUAUCGACCAGUCAAUUGAGCAGCUGAAUCGGCUGAUCUUGGAACUGGACCCUACAUUUGAACCUAUCCCGACCCGCAUUAACACAGUCUCCAGGGACACGAGUCAAGUGAAUGGCUUCACCAGCCCUGAUGGGGAUGUGGGAGGGCUCAGCGUGAGCCCUGGGUUCCGUGAGAAAGGAGAGGUCACAAACAGGAAUCUUUCCCGGCAUGGUUCACCAGGAGACGAGUCAGGGGGAAGAAUAAGGAAGUUAAGUCUUGGACAAUAUGACAAUGAUGUUCCAGGGCAGCCACCAUAUACCAGGUGUGGCUGGAUGAAAUCUACUGCUGUAGACCAAGCUGUAAAUCCAGGAUCACUAAUUGCUGUAGGGGAGACCAAAGAGAUGGAUGUGGCACGUUACCAGGAAGACGUAGAUGAAGUAGACAGGGGAAUCUUCUCACCAACCAAAAAUGGGAAUGAAGCUGUUCCACCAACCCCAGCUUUUCCAGUGUCACCAGAGACACCAUAUGUGAAAUGUCCCCCACAUUACCGCCAAAUGAGUCCAUCUGGCCAACAGAUCAGUAGCCCACCUGAGAUGUACAGAACUGGGCAUGAAUCUCGAAGUUACACGGAAGGCCUUAACCACUCGGUUGUGAUGACUGACAGCACCAUGGGCACCAAUCCCGCUUUGCUGAGGACUGACAUGCAGACAGCUCCUUCGUGUCAGCGGCCUUUUGUAUCUGCAUGCGCCAUUUCCAGUAACAGCCCCAUCCCAACCGGAGAAAGCCCUUCUGCAACUGAAUGCCACUGGCUAGAAAGCAACGCUAAGUCCACCGCUUCGCCCCAGCUCUCAGUGCUGGGGAACAGCAGGCCUACAGGAAAUUACCUUGUGUCCUCAGAAUUUUCAAGCCCCAUCCAGGACGGCUCGCUCUUGUCCCAUUUCCAGUCCCCAGGAUUGCAAGUCAUCUCUUUGAACAGCCAAGAGGAUUCAUCCUUAGGCCCGCAACAAGAACCUGCUGCCCAUCCCAGUGCCCGGGCCUACCUGAACUAUGGUGGGACCAGCGUAAGCAGUAGCCCACCACUGGAGGAGAAACAACCUGUUUUCAUGGCCAAUGCUAGCAGCUCUCCCAAAACUAUGAGCUCACCACUGGCAAGUACAGCGGACAAUGGCUUUUUGGCCCACAACUUGCUAACAAUGGCCUCUGGACACAAAAGCCAGAGCAGCACAAUUCAACAGCACCAUGGAAUGAACCUGCACCCACAGCCACCUCUUCCAGAGAAGAAGAGGACUUCUGAGGGAGACCGUUCUUUUGGCUCCAUCUCUCCUUCUUCAAGUGGCUUCUCCAGCCCUCAUAGUGGGAGCACGAUCAGCAUCCCAUUCCCAAAUGUCCUUCCAGACUUUUCAAAAGUUUUAAGCACUUCCCCUUUGCCAGAAAACUCAAGCGAUAAACACGUGACCGUAAAAUUUGUCCAAGAUACAUCCAAGUUCUGGUACAAGCCAGAUAUUUCAAGAGAACAAGCCAUUGCCGUUCUGAAGGACAAGGAACCAGGGUCAUUCAUUGUUCGAGACAGCCAUUCUUUCAGGGGAGCCUAUGGCCUGGCAAUGAAAGUUGCUACACCUCCUCCUUCAGUGCUGCAGUUAAACAAGAAAGUUGGGGAUUUGUCAAAUGAGCUUGUCAGGCAUUUUCUGAUUGAAUGCACCCAUAAGGGAGUGCGAUUGAAAGGAUGUCCCAACGAGCCAUAUUUUGGGAGUUUGACAGCUUUGGUGUAUCAACAUUCUAUUACUCCUCUGGCAUUACCCUGCAAACUACUCAUCCCAGACAGAGAUCCCUUGGAGGAGAUCGCAGAAACAGCUCCACAGACUGCUGCAAACUCGGCAGCAGAGCUCCUAAAGCAGGGUGCAGCGUGCAAUGUUUGGUAUCUGAACUCUGUGGAAAUGGAGUCCCUCACAGGCUAUCAGGCAGUGCAGAAAGCCCUGAGCAUAACACUGAUGCAAGAGCCUCCUCCCAUCUCUACUGUUGUCCAUUUCAAGGUGUCUGCUCAGGGGAUCACACUGACAGAUAAUCAAAGAAAACUCUUUUUCCGAAGACAUUAUCCAGUCAACACUGUUAUCUUCUGUGCUUUGGAUCCACAGGACAGAAAAUGGAUGAAAGAGGGACCUUCUGCAAAAGUGUUUGGAUUUGUUGCAAGGAAGCAAGGCAGCGCCACGGAUAACGUGUGCCACCUGUUUGCAGAGCACGAUCCAGAGCAACCUGCCAGUGCCAUUGUGAACUUUGUAUCAAAGGUCAUGAUUGGUUCCCAGAAGAAAAUCUGAAUCCUUCCUAGCCUUUGGUUCAGAGCUCUUCACUGACUUGAGGGAAGGCAGCAUGGGAGAAAAAGCAUUCUUGGGAGUUUGCAGCUACAUUAUCCAAACGUAACCAUUCCCAAGAAGGAAAG